AUGAAUUGUUACAUUUUUCCUUUGUUGUUCACGACUGUUAUUGUUCCACAUUCCACUUAUUUUUCUACGAAUCUGUUCAUUUAUGGAGAUGAUCAUCUCGUCUAUGCAGGUGCAUGUGCUGCCUACGAUGCGGAGUUCUGCUCACGCCACGUGGAAAAUAGCGUGUGCAACAAAGUGAAGAAUGAGUGCUUCUGUCGCAAGGACUUUGUGGCGAUUCGGGAGAGUGGGCGCGUUACAUGCAAGACAUUGUUAACCGAUUUGAAAUGUCGAGUUGAUCGGGACUGCGUGCAUGUCAACCGCAGUAGUUGUCAUCCUGGAGCUGGAUACUGUUCCUGUCCGGGAAACACAAUCUACGUCCCUCAAUUGCAUGCCUGUCGAAACCGACUGGACUACUCCCGUGAUGUGGUAUGCAAAGCUUGUCAACAAAAGCGGGGAAUAUGUUUUUUGCACGAAAAGUAUGACCAACCUGAAGAGGAUGUCAGUGAGAACACGUUCACCCGUUCAGACGUGAGAAUUCAGAUGCGUGCAACGUGCGCUGGUGGAAUAGUGGUAACACGUUCGCCUCGCAUGUCAGGUGUCCGGAGUUCAAACCCCGGCACGGCCAUUGGAUAUGCACUGCUGAUGAGCUCUAACAAGAGCGAAACUCGAGUCCAGUACAAUCAGAACAGAAUAGGUUGUGUGUGUCCCGGUUCAGGACAGGCAACUAGAAUCAAGUCAGACGAUUGGUCAUCUGGUAUAUGUGCAGGACAGCUCGUCGAUAUCGGUCUGCAGUGUGAUGAGUCCGUGACAUUUUGUCGAUCACGGAACGCGGUUUGCCGACGUAUUAGAGAAAACACAGCGCACGCAACCAGCAUUCACUCGACACAACUAUGGCAGAAACCCAGCGAUGAUACAUCAGAACGCUCCAGUGAGAACAAUGAAGUCGCCGUCUGCCAGUGUAAAGAAAAUACCGUCCCUGUCUAUCAGACGACCCUGAGUUACACAGAAUGCUUUCCAACUUUGCCAUUCAAUGCUUCUAAAUGUGAAUCGUGCUCAAGAGUGAACGGUGAAUGUUACGAUCUCAAUAGUGAUGGGAUCGGUGAUGGGUGUGUCUGCCCACCACACCUUUCAACGUUCAGAAAUCGUUUGGAUUCAAACGUUGAAUUCUGCACCCAGAGCCACGUCGCUACGAACUGCUCAGACGGCUUUUUCUCCGUGUGUUACGCCCCACAUUCCGGUGAGCCGUACGAAGAACUUACUUCUAAUCUACUCAGUGGGAUGGCCGUUGUUCGCCUAGCCCCCUCCACGGGUGGAGAUAAUGCAGACGUGUUCGGGACAAGCACGGACAACACGCGAUCCCACAUUUCAGGCUUUAAUCCGGAAACGGUCGUCAGUCGAGGGACAGCGUAUCGACACUUUUAUACUACCGCACACGUUGACAGCACAAAGCCACAAAGACACGUAGCGUCUUCAUUGUCUCAUUCUUGUCAGCUGAUUGAAUACAGAGCGCUACAGAAAACGCGCACGGGUUUGCCAUAUGGUCGCCUUCGACAAUCUGGUGGAUUUGGUGAAACGUCUGUGGACUCUGAUCUGUUUUGUGUGCAUUUAAACGUGUGGCAAUACCAAACACAGUGCGGCGUUCGCUUGUAUCGACUGGGACGGAAUGUCAUCCAAUAUGAGGCGCUUUUGGAAAUCCUGGUCAACAGAUCAGUUCGCACUCCCAGCCAAGAUCUUCAAAUUCCCAUCAAAUGCAUCGCACCAGAACCAAAGCGGUCACCAGAUAUGAACACAAAAUCAUCUACAGGUGCGAAUGAAGAUUUUCGUGCCACCAGAACCACUGCACAGAUAACUCAGUCAAUGACGGUGGAAUUGCGAUUGCUAUCAUCAGCCAACAAAGAGAUUGACGUGACAACGGAAGGAACUCCAAUUCGAUUAGACAUUCUGCUUGUGGACAAUACAGGACAAUACAAGUUUAUUACCGUGGAGCAGUGUUACUAUAGCAAUCGGUCAAUUCUAUCGGGGAACAAAGAACAACAUAUCCUGUUUAUUCAAAACGGGUACGUUCAGCUUUCUUCUUAUCAAUAUAAUCCAUCAUUGUAA